CCUCUACACCCCCGACCCCUUCCCCAGAGCAACCUCAUAAGCACUCGUGUUCUCUCUUCUCACCACCACACACCCCACCUCCACGACCACCGCCAUGCUCUUCGCCGCCGCCGCUCUCGCCCUCGCGACCCUCGCCAGCGCCCAGUCGGCCCCCGACUGGUCCCUCAUCCCCAAGGCCUGCUCGACCCAGUGCGCGCAGACCAUUGAGACGUCCUACCUCUGCCAGAACCAGUACCAGGGCGGCACGGCCGUCUACUCGUGCUUCUGCCAGGCCUACCCCUCCGACGCUGCCGGCUGCGCUACCUGCCUGACCUCGAACAACGCCGCUGCUCUUGGCUCGCUCCUCACCAGCACCCAGGCCGACUGCGCCACGCAGCAGAAGUCGUGCGCCUUCGCGUGCGCGUUCGAGACGUGCAACUCGUCCGACAUUGCGUGCCAGUGCUCCGCGACGUACCUCGAGAACAUCUACAACUGCGCGUCGUGCAACUCGGCCAACAACAACGCCGGCGGCACCAAGCUCGCCGACUUUGACGCCCUCAACAAGUCGUGUGGCGCCCAGUCCUUCGCCGGCGCGAACCAGGCCUUCCUCACCUUUGUGCAGGCCCCCACCGGCCAGGCCAACUACCAGGCCCCCACGCUCACUGCCACUGGCGGUGGUGAAGCCGCUACCGGCACCUUCGCCGCUGCCACCGGCAAGAUCCCCAACACCAGCCAGGGUGCCGCUGCCUCUGGCGCCGCCAGCGCUUCGGGUGCUGCUUCGGGCGCUGCCUCCGGCUCGGCUGCCGCUGCCACUUCGCACGCCGCUGCCUCUGGCUCUGCCGCUGCAUCGGGCGCCGCGUCUGCCUCGCACUCCGGUUCGGGCACUGCCGCCCCCGCUGCCUCGUCGUCCAAGCCCUCGUCCGCCGGCAAGACCUUCGUCGCCCCCGCUGGCCUCGCUGUCGCCGUCGCCGUUGCUGUUGCCGCCUUCUAAGUAGCACUGCCAUUUUUCCCGCACCCACCCUGCAUGGUCGUGACACUUAUUCCCCGGCUUGAGUCCUUCUAUACUCGCCACCACUGAACAUUGCCCUUUCUAUCUGGUUCAAGCUGUGUGAAGUGCUGCGAUCGUAGCCAAAUGCACUUUGUUUUUCGUG